AAAUGGGACAGAGAUGGGAUGUAUCAAAUAUACUAAACCCCAAGAAAGAUACAAUACGAUAUGCGGCAAUCAUGUUAAAUUCGCCGAUCUUGCAACCUAAUAGAAGUUUAAUCGAAAAGGUGUGGAAAGAAGCAACUCUACGAUUAUGCGCUGAUGGUGGUGCUAAUAGGCUAUUAGACACAUUCGGUCAAAGCUGUACUUUACCUCACGAGAUAAGGGGAGAUCUAGAUUCACUGCGAGAUGAGGUGGAAAAAUUCUUUGCAGCUAAGAAUGUCAGAAUAACAAGGGCAGCAUCGCAGUAUGCAACAGAUCUGCAAAAGUGUAUCAUAGCUGUUGAGGAAUAUGAAGAAGAACACAAUGAAGAAUUGGUCGUCGUUAUCUUGGGUGGUUUGUCGGGCAGAUUGGAUCAAACUAUGCAUACAUUUCAUGUCUUAUGUCAAUUAGCGAAAGAUCCCUCUUCAGACAAUAAAAAGAUAAUGAACGGGAAUAGGAAAGCUGGCCUGGACGAAUCUGAGUAUGUCCAACUGGAAAGGCGAGAAAAAGCUAUUGCUAUCAGCGAGAAUAGUGUGGCUUGGCUGCUUGGAAAAGGCAAGCAUAUUAUCGAUAUCGAUUUAGAUAUCUUUGGUCCUACGUGUGGACUGCUACCAUUCGCAGCAAAGGUAACCGAUUCAGAUGAAUCAGGUACUCGUAUUUGGACAGAAGGAUUAAGGUGGAAUCUAGCGGGAGAGCAUUCUGCAGUGGGCGGUUUCCUGUCUACUAGCAAUCAUCUUAAAGACCCUGUCGUGACUGUUGAAACUGAACAAGCAAUCAUAUGGACAAUGGAGAUCCGCGAAGAAGGCUCUUAGCAUAUUGUACAAUACCCAACAGUGUAUACUAUAUCGCUCGCAAUCUCACAUGAUUAUCUGC